AACACUUCUAUUCUUUCAGAAAAAAAGAAUAAUCCACACUCUCUCUCUUUCUCUCUCUUCACCUCGCCGGCGACCAGAAUCCAUUAAGUUUCAGUUCAACCAUGGAGGCGAAAUUGGCUACACCGAGAGGAAUCCCAGUGAAAAGAACGACAAUGUUAAGAAAUGGAACAAAGAAAACAAAAUGGUAUUGGAAACUUAAACUCGGAAUCCGAUUCAGAGCCAUUAAAGCCGCCCUUUCCUCUUCUUUACACAACCAACGCCGCCGUCUCACAUGUUCCACCGCCAUAACCACCACCACCACCCCUCAACUCACUCCCACAAACGGCCUCGUUUCACCUCUCGUAAUCCACCAAUCCAAACCCUCGAAGAAAAAUGACCUCCGUUUGGCCAAACCCCUCGCUUCCCUCCUCCGUAUGCCACUCCGCGCCGCCGAUUUCAUCGAUUUUGGGAACCACAUGACCCCCACACUCUCCCCUCGCGACAACAUCUCCGCCGUCUGGCGAGACCUCCACGGCGCCUCCGAUUGGGAAGGCCUCCUGGACCCCCUCCACCCUUUCCUCCGCCGAGAAAUCGUCAAAUACGGAGAAUUCGCUCAAGCUACCUACGACGCUUUUGACUUCGACCCACUUUCUGAAUUCUGCGGUAGUUGUAGAUAUAACCGCCAUAAACUCCUCAACGAAUUGGGUUUAGCUCAAAAUGGGUAUAAAGUUACUAAAUACAUCUACGCUCUAUCCCCUGUUGACGGCCCUGAUUGGUUCGAAAGCUCCAAAAUCGGCGAAGUUUGGAGCCGCGAUUCGAAUUGGAUGGGGUACGUCGCGGUUAGUUCUGAUGAGGAAAGUGAUCGAAUUGGCCGGAGAGAUAUCCUCGUUGCUUGGAGAGGGACGGUUACACCAACGGAAUGGUACAUCGAUUUGAAAACCAAGCUCAAAAAGAUCGACCGGAGUAAUAAGAAAGUGAAAGUCCAACGUGGGUUUUUAACAAUCUACAAAUCCAAAGACGAAGAUUCAAAAUUCAACAAGACCAGCGCAUCAGAACAAGUAAUGGAAGAGUUACACAGACUAAUCGAUUUCUUCAAAGAAAAAGGCGAUAGAGAAAUCAGUUUAACCAUAACAGGGCACAGUCUCGGUGGUGCUCUAUCUCUGUUAACAGCAUACGAAGCGGGGGUGACAUUUCCGGCCGACGUACACGUAAGCGUGGUGUCGUUCGGAGCUCCAAGAGUUGGGAAUUUAGCGUUUAGAGAGAAACUAAACGAAAUGGGAGUGAAGACACUUCGUGUCGUGAUAAGACAAGACAUUGUUCCGAAGCUUCCUGGUCUGUUUGUGAAUUCGAUUGUGAACAAGUUAGGUGCUGUGACGGGGAAGUUGAAUUGGGUGUAUCGACAUGUCGGGAAGGAGUUGAGGAUGAAUAUGUAUAUGUCACCGUAUUUGAAGAAGGAUUCCGACAUGUCGGGGAGUCAUAACUUGGAGAUUUAUUUGCAUUUGGUGGAUGGGUUUGUGGCUAAGAAGGGGAAAUUCAGGUGGAAUUCAAGAAGGGAUGUGGCUUUGGUGAAUAAAGGUAGUGAUAUGCUUGUGGAAGAGUUGAGAAUUCCUGAGUUUUGGUAUCAAUUGCCACAUAAAGGGUUGAUUAAGAAUAGGUUUGGGAGAUGGGUUAAGCCAGGGAGAAACCCAGAAGAUAUUCCUUCACCGUUUUCUCAACCUUUACAAGUUUGACAUUGUUUGGUCUUUUUUCUGUUCGUUUGUGUUCAAUCAUAUAUGUGAAUUGGAUCCAUUGAUGUAGAUGAUUUGAUUAAUUCUUUUGUUUGAAAUGAGGAUUUUGGAUAAAUGGAUGACUCAUAUAUUUUUACAAAUUUUACUAGUUUA